UGCCAGGAAGCGGCCGAGGAGACAAAGUCGAGGCUGGGCGCCAGCUACGGCGAACUCCUGCGCCUCGUCGCCGAGGACCGCGAGUCGGCGCUGAGGGUCGUGGACGCGGAGCGAGACGCCAAACUCUCGGCGAUCCGGCGCGAGCUCGGCAGGUGCGCCGAGGUGCUGGGCGGCGCGCAGGAUGCGCUGAGAGCCGUCGACGAUCUCGAGGUGACGGAGGACCACGUGGAGUUCAUCCAGAAAUGCAUGACAAACUGGGACAGCUUUGUGAGCCUGGGAAGCGUGCAGAUGGAGCCGGCGCACGACCCGCCCUUGGAGUUCGUUGACGCGGCCGCGCUGAAGGAACGCAUCGAUGAAUUCCUGGCAUCCUUCAGAGCCUCCCAGCGCGAGGCGUCACCGGGAGAUCCGGCACGUCACUUUGGGGAGCUUGGAUAUCGCGAGUUUAUCAGGAGAUAUGGCUACUCGCCGACUUUGAACGCGGGCUCGGCCCACCCGGAGCUGCGCUUCUCCCCCGACCUCCGGAGGGUGACGCUGGCGCGGUGCUCGCAGACCCUGCCCGACGCCCCCGAGCGAUUCGACGUGGCCAAGCAGGCCCUCUGCUCCGAGCCCCUGUCCUCGGGCCGCCGCUACUGGGAGGUGGACGUCGCCGGCUGCGGCUGGUACCGCGUGGGCGCCGCGUACGCGACCAUCGCGCGCAGGGGAGCGGGCGCCGAAUGCCGCCUCGGGGAGAACGACGAGUCUUGGUGCCUCGUGCGGGACAGCAAGAGCCUCGUGGCGUGGCACGGCGGGUCGAAGGUGCCGCUCAAGCUGCCUGGGGGCACUCAUCUUCAGAGGGUCGGCAUCUAUCUGGACUGGGACGCGGGGCUGCUGGCGUUCUGCGGCGUCUCGGCGGGCGGCGGUGGUGGUGGCAACGGUGGUGGCGGUGGUGGUGGCGGCAGUGGCAGCGGUGGCGGCGGUGGUGGCAGUGGUGGUGGCAACGUUGGUGGUGGUGGCGGCGGUGGUGGCAGCGGUGGUAGCAGCGGUGGUGGCAGCAGUGGCAGCGCUGUCACGCUGCACUCGUUUCACCACGAGUUCACGCAACCGCUACUGCCCGCUCUGGCCGUGGGUUGCGUCACCCAGAGCCUGAGGAUCGUGGAGCUCGGGGGAAAGGAAGACGACGAUGAGGAGGAGGAGGGGGAAGAGGAGGAGCUUCCGCCAUGCUCGUGAACAACCUUGGGACUUAAUUUGGAGCUUUCGUGACUGCAGGAAUUACUCUUUGGUUCUUUCGGUAAAGUGACGUGUAGAGAUAAACUAAUAAAUUAAAUAAUAGCAUACUACGACGUUUCGAUUGCGACACAAGCAAUCGUCAUCAGGUAUAAAAGAAAACGUCGUAGUAGUAUGAUAUUAUUUAAUUUAUUAUUUUAUCUUUAUACGUCACUUUACCGAAAGAACCAAAGAGUCACCGUUGGGACUGCGGUUGGGCGGAGCCCCUAACCGAGACCACGCCCCCUAACCGAGGCCACGCCCCUAACCGAGGCCACGUCCCUAACAGAGGCCACGCCCCUAAUCGAGGCCACGCCCCUAAUCGAGGCCACGCCCCUAACCGAGGCCACGCCCCUAACCGAGGCCACGCCCCUAACCGAGGCCACGCCCCUGACCGAGGCCACGCCCCUGACCGAGACCACGCCCCUAAUCGAGGCCACGCCCCUAACCGAGGCCACGCCCCUAACCGAGGCCACGCCCCUAACUGAGGCCACGCCCCUAACCGAGGCCACGCCCCUAAUCGAGACCACGCCCCUAACCGAGGCCACGCCCCUAACCGAGGCCACGCCCCUAACCGAGGCCACGCCCCUAACCGAGGCCACGCCCCUAACCGAGACCACGCCCCUAACAGACCACAACCCCCACACACCUUCUUGGUUCUUUCGGUAAAUAUUCUUAGGUUUUUUUUUUUUCGGUAAAGUCACGUAGGUAAAACAUCAAAAUUAAUGAAAAUAAAAUAAAACAAAAAUCACAAAAAUAAAAUAAAACAAAAAUCACAAAAAUCACGACGUUUCUCCGUCAUCAGGUGGGACCGAUGACGGAGACUUGUGUUGCCUCCGAAACGUCGUGAUUUUUGUUUUAUUUUAUUUUCAUUAAUUUUGAUGUUUUACCUACGUGACUUUACCGAAAAAAAAAAACCUAAGAAUAUGAAUCCUUGCAGUCACGAAAGCUUCAAAUCUAGAAUCUUUCGGUAAAGUCACCAC